CAGUGAACGCUAACUUUACCUUAGAAGCAACCGCCUACCCUUAAAUCGCUGUCAUUAAAUCGCCGAACCUUAGAUUAUCGAGUAAACGAAUUCGUGUAGAACCAGCAAGCAAGAAACCACCCAAUAUGGAUCCUUACUCGGCAGAAGGCGAACUGAUAAAUAUUCACAAUCAUUUCCACCAGGGCCAGUACCAAGAAGUCAUCGACUUUGACACAUCUGCUCUCUCCUCCGAAAAUGCACUACCUGCCCGAGUACUCGCCCUCCGAGCUCGCAUUGCUCUAGGACAAGCAGAAGAAGCAAUCGCCGACGUUCAAGGAGAAUCGGAACCCGAACUGGUAGCAGUGCGCGCCUUAGCCGAGUACAGCUUGGGGAAGACGGAUGCGGCUGUUCAAGCUGUCGAGGAGCUUGCCUCGUCAGCCGGUGAUAACCAGACAGUCCAAGUUCUUGGAGGGACGGUCCUGCAAGCUGCUGGCAAAUCAGAGGAGGCUCUCGCGCUAUUAUCACAACACUCUGGUAGCCUUGACGCUGUCGCUUUGAUUACGCAAAUCCAUCUCCAGCAAAACAGAACCGAUUUAGCCCUUAAAGAAGUAGCUGCGGCUAGGCGGUGGGCGCAAGAUAGUCUACUUGUCAACUUAGCUGAGUCAUGGGUUGGCCUACGGCUGGGAGGAGAUAAGUACCAGCAAGCAUUUUACGUAUUCGAAGAACUCGCGCAAGCUCCCUCUACAUCCUCGAUCGUCUCCCUCGUCUCCCAGGCAGUAUGCGAGUUACAUCUAGGCCGCGUCGAGGAAGCACAGAGUGCUCUCGAGCAAGCCGUGCAGAAGCAACCUGAAUACGCCGAAGCCAUUGCCAAUUUAUUGGUUUUGUCAAUCAUCACCGGCAAGGAUGCUGCCGCUGUUUCUGAGCUUACAAAUACCCUAAAGAAAGCUGCCCCUGAACACACAUUCCUAGUCGAUCUUGAGGAAAAGAGCGAAUUGUUUGAUAAGGCGGCCGCUAAGUUUAGCGCAAAGGUGUCGGCUUAAAAUAGGAAGGGCAGCUAAUACAGGUCUUGACGAAUGUUGAUAUAUUGGUAGACCUUGGAGACGAGGCAUAAAGAAAAGGCGAAAACGCUUUGGUUAUGAUAACUCUAUGAACAUGAUGAAUACCCCAUAUUGAAUCGUCAUAAUAU